AUGCCGAUUCGAAGGGGGCAUGUGGCGCCCCAGAAUACUUACUUGGACACAAUCAUUCGAAAAUUCGAGGGCCAGAGUCGAAAGUUCCUGAUCGCCAACGCCCAGAUAGAGAACUGCGCCAUCAUUUAUUGCAAUGACGGGUUUUGCCAGCUCUUCGGCUAUUCCCGAGUGGAAGUGAUGCAGCGACCCUGUACCUGUGACUUCCUCACUGGCCCUGACACCCUACCAAGUGCUGUGUCCCAACUGGCACAGGCUCUGCUGGGUGCUGAGGAAUGCAAGCUGGAGAUCCUCUAUUACAGAAAAGAUGCUUCAUGCUUCCGCUGCCUGGUGGAUGUGGUGCCCAUAAAGAAUGAAGAAGGAGCCGUCAUCAUGUACAUUCUCAACUUUGAGGAUCUGGCGCAGCUCCUGGCCAAGAGCAGUAGCCGAAGUCUGACCCGGCACUUAUUGUCCCAGGGCUUCCUAAACUCUGAGUGCUCCCGGGGCAAGCUAAGUAGAAGAAGCUCUUCAACUGAGGCCGACCAGCUCAAAUAUCGCACGAUCAGCCAAAUUCCCCAGUUCACACUUAACUUUGUGGAGUUUAACCUGGAGAAGCACCCAUCCAGUUCUACCACUGAGAUCGAGAUCAUCGCCCCACACAAAGUGGUUGAACGCACCCAGAACGUCACAGAGAAGGUCACUCAGGUCUUGUCCCUGGGUGCGGAUGUGCUUCCUGAGUACAAGCUACAGGCUCCCCGAAUUCACCGAUGGACCAUCCUGCAUUACAGUCCCUUCAAAGCUGUGUGGGACUGGCUGAUCCUGCUUUUGGUCAUCUACACAGCUGUCUUCACCCCCUAUUCAGCUGCCUUCCUACUCAAUGAUCAAGAGGAGUCCAGACACUGGAACUGUGGCUACUCCUGUAACCCCCUCACCGUGGUGGAGCUCAUCGUGGAUAUUAUGUUCAUCGUGGACAUUGUCAUCAACUUCCGAACCACUUAUGUCAAUUCCAAUGAUGAAGUGGUCAGCCACCCAGGCAAGAUCGCUGUGCACUAUUUCAAGGGCUGGUUUCUCAUCGACAUGGUGGCUGCGAUUCCCUUUGAUCUUCUCAUCUUCCACACUGGUUCCGAUGAGACUACAACACUGAUUGGGCUUCUAAAGACAGCAAGGCUGCUGCGGUUGGUGCGAGUGGCCCGGAAGCUAGACCGCUACUCAGAGUAUGGCGCAGCUGUGCUCUUCCUCCUCAUGUGCACCUUUGCCCUCAUCGCCCACUGGCUGGCCUGCAUCUGGUAUGCUAUUGGCAAUGUGGAGCGCCCCUACCUGGAACACAAGAUUGGAUGGCUUGACAACCUGGGAGACCAGAUUGGCAAGCGCUACAAUGACAGUGACCUCGGUUCAGGCCCCUCCAUCAAAGACAAGUAUGUCACAGCUCUCUAUUUCACCUUCAGCAGUCUCACCAGCGUGGGCUUCGGCAACGUAUCCCCCAACACCAACCCCGAGAAGAUCUUCUCCAUCUGUGUCAUGCUCAUUGGCUCCCUCAUGUAUGCCAGUAUCUUUGGCAACGUGUCCGCUAUCAUUCAGAGGCUCUACUCGGGUACUGCUCGCUAUCAUACCCAGAUGCUUCGGGUCAAGGAGUUCAUCCGAUUCCACCAGAUCCCCAAUCCACUACGUCAGCGCCUUGAGGAGUAUUUUCAGCAUGCUUGGUCCUACACAAAUGGUAUCGAUAUGAAUGCGGUGCUGAAGGGUUUUCCUGAGUGCUUGCAGGCCGACAUAUGCUUGCAUCUGAACCGUUCUCUGCUGCAACACUGCCAGGCUUUCCAGGGUGCCAGCAAGGGCUGCCUUCGCGCCUUGGCCAUGAGGUUCAAGACCACACAUGCACCUCCAGGGGACACACUGGUGCAUUAUGGGGAUGUGCUGACCACACUCUACUUCAUUUCCAGAGGCUCCAUUGAGAUUCUGCGGAAGAAUGACAUCUUUGGGGAGCCCAUCAGCCUCUACACCCAGCCAGGAAAGUCCAAUGCAGAUGUGCGGGCACUGACCUACUGUGACUUGCACAAGAUCCAACGGGAAGACCUGCUGGAGGUGCUAGAAAUGUAUCCUGCCUUCUCUGAGAGCUUUUGGAGCAAACUGGAAAUCACCUUCAACCUGCAUGAUGUAGACAGGAUUUCCCGAUCACCACCCAGCCAGGACCAGGAGGUCCCCUACCACUGGGCCAGGCCUCCUCAAUCUGUUCUAAAACGUUGCAAGCUUGGUAUCUCUCCAGGGCUGGAUGGCAUGAAAUCAUUGCGGAAGUCACCUCUGACCCACCUGCAGGGGUCCCCUGCCAAGGCCCCACGGGAUGAGUUCUGUAGCAGUUCCUUGACCAGCUCCCUAAGCAGUGAGCCUGAGACCAGACCUCCCAGCCCUUCCAACUCCCCCAGACCCAGGGUCCACCCUCGCUCCCAGGAAGAGUUCUCCUCGGCCAGCUUUAACCUCAUCAGUCCCAAAGCUGAUUCCCACGCUCAAGCAGGCAGCAGUAGCCGGAAGUACUCAGCCAGAGCCAGGCUCCCAGGCACCCAAGACGUCUUUGAAUUCUGGGCCGACCGUCCUGCAGCUCCCCAUCGGAUGCCUUCCCAGCACACGCCCCUGGUGCACAGUCCCCAGGAUGGAGGCCAGGAUGGCUGGCCCAGAGAUCUGGGCUCCAGGUUGGAGUGUCUCAGGACCCAGCUGAACAGGCUAGAAUCUCAGAUGUCUUCAGAUCUCAGCAUCAUCCUGAGGCUUCUGCACCGCCAUUUGUCCCAAGGGCCCCCUGCCUAUGACCCUGUCUCUCCAGCCUCAGAGUCCGUGGACUUGUUUCCUCCUCCUCCUCUUGCUACUGUCGCUGCUGGUGGUGGUGUUCAGAGCCCUGGUCCCAUGAAGCUGCAGGGUUCUUUGUCUAGAGAGGAUGCCACACCCCCUGGACAGACUCCAAGCUACAGUGACCUGGAAAAAUAUAUCCAGAAAUGA